AUGCUGGACAUCGCUCUCGCCCAGCUGCCACCAGGCACGCCGUCCUGUGCAGUUCCGUGCUACCUCAAGAGUGCUCUCGCAUCGACUUGCGGGACCAAUGUCACCUGCUUCUGCACGGAUCAACGGUUCACUGCCGCAGUAGAGGCUUGUGUCACAUCAAGCUGUCGCAUCGAGGACGUCCUCGGACCCCUCCCCUGGACACAUGGUCAGACUAACGUCCCUUGCCUGAUAGUGGUCAAGAACUCGUCAAGCACAGCAUGUGGUUUCUCCGUGCAGAACAUCGCGACCAUGUAUACCGUGACAUCGACUGUCCUCACCGUAUUCGCCAUCGUCCUGGUCACCAUCCGCGCCAUAUAUAGGCAGUUCGUCACGGAUCUCGGCCUCGGGCCUGAUGACUGGACGAUAAUAGCCGUUGCAUUGGGCUGCAUCCCCUGCACUGUUCUCAACUACAGGUUGGCCGAGUUCGGCAUUGGCCGCGACAUAUGGACGUUGACGCCUCAUCAAAUCACCAGCUUCGGCUUCACGUUUUAUUUCAUCACCCUCGUCUACCUUACCAAGUUUGCGAUACUAAAGCUGUCGAUCAUGUUCUUCUAUCUCCGAAUCUUUCCCGACAUUCACUUCCGUCGCCUCGCUUGGCUCACCAUCGGUUUCAUCAUAAUGUACGGUCUGGCGUUCGACCUCGCGGCUGCCUUGCAGUGCUUACCCAUCAGCUACAAUUGGACGAGGUGGAACGAUACGCAACAGAGCGGACGCUGUUCGAGCGCUCCCGCCAUUGCAUGGUCACACGCGGCAGUUAAUAUCGUCCUUGAUCUUUGGAUGCUCGCUUUGCCUCUUUGGCAAGUCAGGUCACUCAACAUACACUGGAAGAAGAAGAUCGGCAUCGGAGCCAUGUUUAUCGUUGGCACAUUCGUCACCAUCGUCUCCAUCAUUCGCCUUGCAUCUAUCAUAAAGUUCAGCAGCAGCUCCAACGUAACCUUCGACUACACCCAAAUUACUCUCUGGUCCACCGUCGAGGUAGCCACAGGGGUCAUGUGUGCCUGCAUGCCCACAAUGCGCCUGAUUCUCGUCCGAGCCUGGCCCAAGAUCUUUGGCACAACAAGCACGACGACUCAUUACAACGCGUCAGGAAAGAGCUGGGGACACACUGGCAACACAGGGUCCCAAGCCAAUCCAUCUCGCAACCGGUCUGCCAAUCGAUCUGGGCGCCACAACAUAUGGAAACCAAAGUUCGCCAAAGGCAGCGGGCCCAGCGAGGGCGCGUUUGGCGGCGGCGGCGGCGGCGGCCGGCACAAGCGCAUCAACUCAAACGAUGACGCGACUGAGCUGCAGCCGUCGAAACCACAGCCGGCUUACAGGACAGAGUCGGCUCCGUCAGAACAUGGCAGCCACCACGAUGACGGGCGAUUCUACAAGAUCGCGAUCCAGACGAAUAUAGAGAUGAGGAACGAGCCCAAGUAGCUAGCUUGGUAACAAACAAGGACGUACUUUGGAUUCUCACCGGCGCAAUAAGAUGAUGAAUUUGACAAGAGCAGACACUGAGCAUUGCUCAGUGGAAACCCAAAGUUCAAUGGAUCUUUAAGAUCUGUAAGUCUGCUGGAGAUGUUUUCCUUUAGCACCCCGUCAAAGGAA